AUGAAGUUUGAGAAAUGGCUAGGAUAUCUUCUGGAGCAAACUUUUCCAGAAUGGAGAGAUCGUUAUCUCUCCUACAGCCUUUUCAAGACUCUAAUCAAGCUCUCAGAAUCUGAGAAAAACAACACAAAUACAGGAGACCCACAUGAAGAUUGUUUGGAUAAAUAUGAAGAGGAUUUUAUCCGUUUACUCAAGGUAGAAGUAGACAAGCUUAACAGAUUCAUGGAGGACAAAUCUAAGGACUGUAGUAUACGUUUACAGAUACAGGGACUGAAAGUUGGGAUUGAAAAGCUUAAGAAUGGUCAUGCACAAGCCAGUGCAAGGGGGGAAAUAAUUGUACUUGUCAAAGAUCUGGUGAACUUGCAUGGAGAGUUGGUCCUCUUUGAGAAUUAUAGUGUAUGGAAUUACACAGGGCUAAGGAAGAUCUUGAAGAAAUACCGUAGAAGAAUACGAGCUGUACUUGGGGAAAAUAUUAUCAUGUCAAGCUUUGCUUCUGAAACUCUCUCAAGCCUUAUAAGUGAAUGCCAAAGCAUCCUGCCGUUCAUCUAUUCUUUGUUCUCUAGAGAUAAGGAGGAUCAGGAUAAUAUUAUGAGAGAGAUAUUACUUUUAGACAAUGAGAACGAGCAUCUUGUAUAUACAAACUUAGUUGCUGCUCUGAAUAUCCUUAAUGACAUGAAUAGACUGAACUCUGUCGAUAAUGGUGAUGGCUAA